CUGAGCUACUUUCACGCCGGAAUCACCGGUAGUAGUACCUUGAACUCACGACUUGUGCUCUCGCGACCUGCCGCCUCGACUGGCGACGAUGGUGACUGGAAGGGUCGUCGCUGAAAAUGUAAAGGAUGCAUGAGCACUCUGACAUGUUUGCACUAGCGUCAUAUCCUUGUCGUUGAGAACGUCAGCGCACGCUUGCACCAGCAGCAGGUCGUCCUCUCCCGAGCGUAGCUGAGCCGCGAGCGGAGAAGCACACGGGGCGAUCGAUGACUGUGACGGUCGCCCAAGGUCCCUGGUUCUGCUGGUUGUGAGUAGGAUCUCUCUGUCCUCGUGCGCGUCUCCUAGCUGCUCUUCCAUGCCUGCCUGCCUGCCUGCCUGCCUGCACCUUUACCCGCCCGGCUUUUCGUAUUGUGGACUCUGUUGAUCUGACUCUCACGGGCUGGGCUGAUCGAGGGAGGGGGCCUGCAUGAAGAGCCGAGCUAGAAGAAUGCUGCGAGCGCGUCGCGAUGGCAGCGCGGCGGGCAGGCAGAUCAGAGAUGGCGCAAGCAAGCAAGCAAGCAAGCAAGCUCGCCGCUGCAACUCGAUCUGAUCCUCCUGCAUCACCCCAUCCAUGGUCCUGCUGGAGCAGGGAAUUGAGCGUAUUCACGAUCUAACAUUAGCCAUGUCUUCCAAAGAUGAGAUGCACCUCGAACUUCAGUGGCUGACAAGCGAGCUGGCUUGUCACCGCUCUCGAACUGCUAGUUUUGGGUUGGCAUUCAUUAGAAAGAAAUCACGCAUUCACGACUCCACGGCGGUCGAUCUAAUGGAGCAGCUGACAGUCAGAAAUUGUCGCUUCACCAAAGCCUCUGCGAUAGCGUCUCGUCUCGACCGCACCACUCGAGAAUCAAGACGCCUGCCAAUUUGUUUUGGCUACGCCCCUUCAUCCAGUGCUAAGCAUGCAUGCAUUGAUUGACCUUUAGCUUGAUCUAGCAAAGGCGCGAUCAGCUCAGAUUCCUGCCAAGAAGCAAAG